UCGAGACAAGUGUCAGUAUGUGGGCUUACCUGCCACCAACCACAUGGCAAAAAAUCAGAACUAAAAUCGUCUGUGAACACACAAAAACACACCAAAAAUCCCGGAAAAAUUUCUACCCGAAAAUCUUGACAAAAUUAUUUCAAAUUUUCGGCCCAAAAAAUAAAACCAAAAGUUUUGUGCGAUCAAAAAAUCUAAUUUUUUCGAUCGAUCUAAAAAAUAUAAACGGGAAUUUUUCGGAAGCUAGUCGUGUGUGUUUCUAAAACUUUCUAAAAAAUACAAUUAAUUAAUCGCGUUCUCGCCAAACAAAUAAAAUCUUCUUGGUGUUUGCAGCUUUGGUUAAUCAAUUUGAUUUUUUUGUGGAAUUCGAUUUCGGAAAAUAAAUAUGUGCGCUUGGAUCUGGUUGCUUGAGGCUAGGAAGUGAGGAUCAAUCCAGUUGGAAGCCCCACAGGAGGUAGCUGAAGGGCCCCCCCAAAGGACUCGAACGCCCGCAUAAGUUCUCUGACUCAGGACCAGAAUCAGGACCAGGACCAGGACUAAGGAGAACCCAAACUCAACAUGGGCAAGAAGGGUAAAGGAAAGGGAAAGGGAAAGGGAAAAAAGAAGCCAGCGCAGUCGGUAAUGGCGGUGGAGCCUCCACCAUGUCCCCCAUGUCCGGAGCUGCCCAAACAGAUGCAGCCGCUGGACUCCUGCCCGGAGUCUAGCGGGCCGCACGACGUACUCCGUGCUCAACCGAAUCAUUAUCCGGCCCUGUUACGGAUUCCGGAGACCAUGGCUGUGGUGGGAUCGGAAAACGGAUGCUACGACAGCAUCUGUAAGUUGCUGAGGGCCGGAUUCCGGUGUGCCGAGCGCGUUUUUGUGAUGGCACCGUGGGGCAACUAUGUGGUGUUCCGCUAUCACAAUAAUAACGACUUCAUCUACUUCCUGUUCGACGGCUGCACCUGCGACGUGAAUCGGUUCCGGUAUCUGGAUCUUAGCUGUGGAACCGCCGGCUUCCUAUUCUUCGACAACAUGCACGACGUCAUCAGCUACAUCAUCCAGUCCCGAAAGACCCGACUCUAUCUGGAGAAUCUCAACAAGAUCGCCAUCGACCAGAUAGUGGAGGAGUACGGAGCCGUCACCUACACCCAGAAGGCCAAGUGUAUGCGGUUUGCUUAGGCCCUUGCUUGGACUGACCUCUGAUCCUCCUCCCGGAUGACUUCGUUCGCUGAAACACUAUUUUUCGGAUCUGGAACCCUAACAAGACGCUCGACUAGUAGUUAUCCUUGAUCCCGAUUAUCACCGGCAUCGCACAAACUUUGGCACACUUCGAUCACAGUAAAGUUUUGGAAUUCAGUUCAAA